CGCUAGACAAUUUUUGUUUUGCUGUUUUAUAGUAAUGUCGGAACACUUGAUUGACAAUUUGCCAGAGGAGCUGCUCAUUCACAUUCUGUCGCUGCUGGAGCCUAGCGAGCUGCGGCAGGCUGGGCGGGUGUGCCGCACCUGGCGCCGCAUCGUGACUGAUGACAGCUGUUGGCGACGCGCCUUUGCACGCACCUUCACACAGCGGCCCUUUGAGCGGCUGAUGCCCAACCGCAUGCCUGCCAAGGCAGGAUCGUCCCAGAGCCUAGUGACCAGCGGACGCGGGAGUGCCAGCAGCUGGCAAUUCGAGUACCUGCACCGGCAGAGGCUGAUCAGGCAGUGGCAAUCGAUCGGCGGAAAUGGACAGACCCGGCUGGAAUACAACGUGCGGGCGAGCUCGGUCGACAAGGUGAUUGUGAGCGAGAAAUACGGGUGGGCGCUGGCAGUAUCUAUGGCGGGCAAGGUAGCGAUAAGGAGCAUGCCGAUGACAGGCAAGGUAUUUGCGCGCGAUAACGACAUACAGGACAUCGUGUUUGCACUGCCACAUGUCAGCGAACCUGGACACUGGAUUGAUCAGGGCCGCGCCAGUUCUCUGUCGACACGGAUAGACAGGAUUGUGUGGGGGUUCGAUGACGGCGUGGUGACGGUUACCCAUAUCAACAAGUUUGGCAGGCUGCAGAGCCGAACAAUUUCUAGGGGGUCACACGUGGGGCCAGUGCUUGGGUCUGCUGGGCCGCUGGAUCAGCUAACACAGCACCAGCACGAAUGGCCAGCCGCAUACGAUAUAGCUGGCGAUGACAGGGUUGUUGCCAGCGCUGGUGCUGACGGUGACGUGCGUGUUUGGUCCGAGGAUACCGGUGACCUUGUCUGCGUCUUGCGUGGAGUAUUUGGGACACCGCUUGUAAAGGUAUCUUGGGCAGAAGGACUGCACUAUGUUGUUGCUGCGAGCUCGUCAGGAGCUGUGUUUGUCUGGGACUUCGAGGAAGCAAAAAUCGUGACUAUGGAAACAGGCUACGAUUACUCUGAGUCCGUGGAUACCAGCGCACCUCCAGGUGACGUUUGAGAAGGUGCCCUGGCUUACACCAGCGCUUGGCGAGUACAGCAAUGCGCGGUCCAAGCCAAUAUCAGUGUUUCCUAUCCCUGGAGCCACA